AUGGCUUACAACCUAUCGCAUUCGUACUUUGGCACCAACUUCGUCUCCGGCUUCAACUGGAUCAACUAUCCAGAUCCAUCGAAUGGUUUCGUUAGAUACCAGAACCAGACAGACGCGCUCUCCAAGGGGCUGUAUUCGAUCAAUCCUGUCAACCAGGCCGUGACGCUCCGCGUCGACAGCACCAAUGUCUACGGCCUCGAUGAGGGGCGACCGAGCGUGAGGCUUGAGAGCAAGAAGGCGUAUAACCACGGGUUGUUCAUUGGUGAUUUCGCGCACAUGCCGCCGUCGGUGUGUGGAUUGUGGCCUGCGUUUUGGAUGUAUGGCCCGGACUGGCCUGCUAGCGGAGAGAUUGAUAUCAUCGAGGGCGCGAACCAGGCCACUAGAAACAUCAUCUCCGGACACACAACACAGGGCUGUCGUCUUCCAGAUGCCCCACUGGCCAACGGAGAACCUCUGCUCAGCGAUUGCCAGAGCCCAGGAACCAACAACAAUGCUGGAUGCAACUAUCUGCCGCCGUCCUCUUACCAGGCCACCUACGGCGACUCUUUCAACGCCGUCGGCGGCGGUGUGUACGCUCUUGAAUGGACCUCAGACGCCAUCCGCAUAUGGCACUGGACACGACAAUGCAUCCCUCCUGAUGUCGUAUCCAAGAAGCCUGAUCCGUCGACAUGGGGCCUGCCUAUAGCGCUGUUUGGCACGUCGACUUGCGAAGUGGACAAGUACUUCAAGAACAUGAGCAUUGUGUUACAAACGAACUUCUGCGGUGACUACGCUGCCAAUAUCUGGGGCAGAGGCGACGACACCUGCAACCAGCGAGCGCCGACCUGCGUUGAAUACGUUGCAAGAAACCCCAGCGCCUUCAGAAACGCGGCUAACGGAAUCAGGUUCUGGGAAGUCAACUACAUUGACGUCUACGAACGCGGCCUGGCCAACCCCACCAGCACGCCCGAACCGACGACGACAACAACAGUCAAAAUCACAUCCACCAUCUUCACAACUGUACCAAACCCCGCCACCAUGCGCACCCAGUCCAGCACCGUACUUAAUCCAACCACCGUCCAGGCCGUCGCCCCGCCGGUCUCCACCACCGAUCCGAUCGUGCCCGGACGCGAACCGGCCACCAUCGGCGAGUACGCCUUCUUGGGUUGUUACGGCUCCGCGACCGGGUUCCGUACCUUUGGUCUCAAAGUGUCGGCCACGGACAUGACGCUGCAGAAGUGCGUUGAUAUCUGCAGACCGGGCAAGUAUGCCGGUGUCCGUGAGAACGAAUGUUACUGCGCAGAUACCCUCGACCCCGAUACCAGGGCGGAAGCGGACCGCUCGCUGUGCAACAUUCCCUGCCCCGGUAACAGCACGCAAUUCUGCGGCGGAAACGCCAACAUCUCUCCAGCUCCCGGCCGUCUUAUGCAUCUACAUCUCCACCGCCGCGCCGCACCUGCAAACUACCUCCUCACGAUUUACGGCCGCGUCACAGACGAGACACCCCCGCCGGCGCCGCCCCUGGGUGAUCCCGAGCCGCGUCCGCAGUCGACGUUCACCGUCGUGACGACCGUGACCUAUACGACCAUGAUCGGCAACUCGAUGAUCCCCACGCAGCACGCCACAACGAUCCUAAUCCCCGGGUGUAACAAGUACUGCGGCCUCGGCGGGCAGCCGGACGCCGUGAACGUGCCGAUGAGUUUCACGGUGGUCCCGUGCAACGCCUGCGGCCCCAACGGCGAGAAUCAGGUCACGCUCACCGUCCCGCUGCAGACUACUGGAACCUUGAUGACCACGCCUCCGCCGGUGUACUGGCCUACCGGCGGACCGGUCGCUCCGGCCCCUCCUGCGGGUGGAGCAACGUCCUCUCCUCCCACGGUGUCCAUCAACGCUGCGCCUGACCUGCAUCUCGGCUGGCCCGUGUGCGUGGGAGUUGCCAUCGCCAUGUUCCGCUUCGUGUUGAUGUUUGUUUAA